UUGUUAAGUCAUUGCCAGAGGCUUUUUUUACAUGCCCCUAAAAACUCGUUUGAACACUUCGUGAUCAUUAGACAGAAAACAAGGCAGUGACGUGAGAAAAGAAAAAGAAGUGUUUCUUCGUUAUUCUUAAAAAAAACCAUUAGGCACAGCAAACAGCGCACUCCAAAAAUGCCCGAGGAAAAUGAUAAGGGAAGCCGAGCUAAAUCACAGUCUUCUAUUUCUUCUCGCAUAUCCAACGCCAUAGCCAACUUCUUCUACAGACUGGGCUUCAUUGUGGCAUCAAAUCCGUGGCGCACAAUCUUCUUUAGCCUGUUCACAGUUCUUCUCUGCAGUCUAGGCUUCUUUCGCUUCUACACAGAGCGUGAUCCCAUGAAGUUAUGGAUACCCAAAGACUCAAAGUUCCUGAAGGAUACACAAUGGCUGGUGAAAUCUUUUGAAGAGGGCUUUCGGAUGGAAUUUGCGCUGGUGACGGCGCCCAAUGUUCUGGAACCCGACGUUCUUCUGAAGCUUUUGGACAUAUCAGAAGCUGUUAGCAAUGUGAAUCCUCUCUUGCCCAACGGGACGCGAUUAGGAUGGCAGGAGAUUUGCUUCAAGGUUCCAUAUAUCGCAGAGUACACGAAGGAGGAGAAUCGACAAAAGAGACAAGUCAAUCUUCCCGAUGAUGAGGAUGGGAUUGAUUUCAACUUCAACGAUGACUUCUUCAACACCCUGGACAACAAUGCUCCUGUGACAAAAACACCUCAAAGAAAAUUCAAUCCCAGUGUCGAUUUGUCUCCACAGAUUUACUGCCCACUGAUAAAUGCACUGCCGCAGGGAUGCUAUCAGCAGAAUCUCCUGGAGUUGUGGAAGUUCGAUAGGGAGAAGAUCGCCAGUCUCUCGCGGGAGGAGAUUCUCACGGCUGUGAAUAUGGCUACUGUGAGUCCCUUCACCGGGCACUUUACCAACUUCUCAGAGUUUCUUGGAGGCGUUGAAAGAAACAGUUCAGGACACAUUGUAAGCGCCAAAGGCAUAAUGAGCCGAUGGUUCCUCUACAUGAACUACCUCACGUUGAAUAUGGAGGAGCAAGGAAAUUUGGCCGGAACUGGUGAGUGGGCAACUGAAGAGACUCUCAUCUGGGAGGAGGAACUCAUCAGAGUGCUGGACCAGUUGGACAAAAAUCUCACUUCUGAUGACUUUGCUCUGUACUACAUGACGGAGAAGAGCUUUGGCGAAAUCAGUGGCGCUACGAUGUUUCAAGACAUCGACAAGCUGAUGAUCGGGAUGAUCAUCGUCUAUGUCUACAUGCAGAGCGUCCUGUCCAAGUUUAACUGGAUCGAGCUGAGGCUGAUGCUAGGCAGCAUGGGUCUCCUCAGCGUGGGAAUGGCCGUCGUGUCUGGCUGUGGCAUUUGCUUUGUGCUGCAGGUGCCAUACGGUCCCGUUCACACAUCUUUGCCGUUUCUGCUUCUGGGACUCGGCGUGGAUGACAUGUUUGUCAUGAUGGCGUGCUGGCGGAAAGUGCAAAAGAUGGAGAACUCCAAGGAACUCACUCUACCUGAUCGCAUAGGCCUCAUGCUGCGUCACGCAGGAGCCUCAAUCACCGUCACAUCCUUGACAGACAUCGUAGCCUUCCUCGUGGGCUCCACCACGGUUCUGCCUUCUUUGCAGUCCUUUUGUAUUUACACAUCAGUGGGAAUUCUUAUGACUUAUAUCUACGCAGUUACCUUCUUCGUAGCGAUCUUCACACUCGAUGAGCGCCGAAUUACUGCCCGCCGAAAUGCAAUACUGCCCUGUAUCGUUCAUCCUCCGGAGAGAGAGAAGCUGUGGUGCGACCAGCGACUAAUGCAACGCAGCAUUAAAGCCAUCUAUUCUCGCUUUAUCCUCACAAAGCCCGGAAAGAUUGUGGUGCUGAUGACUGUGAUCGGGCUGACAGGACUUUCUGGUGAGAGUCUGAUGCGGCUAGAACAGCGCUUCGAUCCCAUGUGGUUUGUACCGAGUGAAACGCACCUGGGAAAAUUCAUACCACAAAGAGACACACUAUUCCCCACGAUGGGCUACGAAGGCGGCGUGUUUGUGGGCCAAGUGAACUACAGUGCUGACUUCGGAAGCAUCUUUGCCAUGAGCAAUACCAUCAAGAAUGAAUCAGAGAUACUAUACAACGUCAAUUCCUGGGUCGAUGGCCUAUACAAAUUCGUCCAAAUGUACUAUAACAAGGAUCUCUUCGUCGAUUACGUUUCGGACUACGAGUGGAGAUUAUAUCUGUCCAAAUUUCUCUUCUCAAAUGAUGGAGGACGCUUUCAGGCAAACUUUCGCUUUCAACGGAAACUUGAGUGUGGUAAAAUAGCGCCUCCUAUAAAAGUAUCUUCAAUCGACUUUCAAUUUCAAAAGUUCCACUCUCGAGAUGAGUAUGUUCCGGCCAUGCGACGAAUCUUGACAAUAGCCGCUGAGACAAAUCUAACAACCGGCGACAAGUUUGCCACCGCCUGGUCUAAGAUGUUUGGCAAUUGGAUCACCGACGAGAUCAUUGACGAGGAAGUGCUGAGAAACAUCACUCUGGCUCUCGUCUGCGUCAUGAUUUGCACCGCAGUCCUCAUCGUCAAUCUCCAGAUUUGCUUCUGGAUCUUCAUCUGCGUCCUCCUGACUCUCGUCAAUGUCUGUGGCUUCAUGCAGCGUUGGGGUCUCACCAUAGAUCUCGUGAGUUGCAUCGGAUUGCAGCUGGCGGUGGGUCUCUGCGUGGACUAUGCCGCUCACAUUGGCCAUAGCUUCCUUACAGUCACCGGAACGAGGAACCAACGCGCCCUCAGCACACUGAUGCACAUAGGCGAAGCUGUACUUUAUGGCGGAGGAUCCACUUUGCUCGCCUUGUCUUUGUUGGCCACAUCUAAGGCCUACAUCUUCACGUCAUUUUUUAAAAUCUUCCUUUUGGUCAUUCUUUUUGGCCUCUUUCACGGUAUCGUUUUCCUACCCGUUAUCCUCAGUAUUGUAGGUCCUCCUCCCUACGCCCAACCUCUGCGUCCAACCGCGGCAAACGGAUCUUACGUGGGAGAAGAAAUGAACUCGAUGAUCAAGAGUCAGCAGCGACUAGAAACUCCUGACGAAAGUGCCCAACUCAGAACUCCAGAAUAAGAUUACAAGGUGUGGGAAUAGAACAAAGAAUCUGCGAUAUUAGGGGAAUUUUUUUUUAGUGAUAAGAAUGCCUUUUGUUCAAUAUAUAGAGAAUAAAUUAACGAUGAGGAUACUUGUGUGAGACAUAUAAAAGCUUUUCCUCCAUCUACUGCUCCCUCAUUGCCUGCAAAGAUAAUGCAUUUGUU